AAUCCUAGUCUGUGUCAAAUUCUUGUAAAUGUAAAUAUUUUAAAGAGAAUUUAAUAAAUUUUACUACAUUAAUAAUUUGAAUAUUUUAGAGUAGUUUGAAAAUACAGCAGUGCCUUUAUAAUAAUGGCUAAAAACACAUCCAGUUCAGCCUUUCGUAAAAUCGAUAUUGAUCAAUAUAACGAAGACAACUUCAGGGAAGAUGAAGCAGAACAAUCAAUACCCGCCGGACCUGAUGAAGGAGAAGUUUGCACACUGCUUAACCAAGGUAAAUAUGUUGAUGCACUUAAGCAUGUAUUAACCAAUGCUCCAAUUGGCACCACUAAUCAACAAGUAAAAGACAAUGCCUUGGCGCUGACAUUAAAGGUACUUCUAGCCAUUAAGUCCGUGCAAAUUGAGGAGGCUGUAGCUAACCUUUCUGUAGAUGAUAUUGACAUCUUGAUGAAGUAUAUAUAUAGAGGAUUUGAAUAUCCUUCUGAAGGAUCUAGCGGACAUCUUCUGUUAUGGCAUGAAAAAGCGUAUAACAUUGGAGGCUCAGGAUCAAUAGUAAGAGUCCUAUCAGACAGAAUGAAAGUUUAAUUAUGUAAACCUUCAAGUGUAUAGUAUAUGUAAAAUUAAAUAACUUAUUAAUAA